GCACGCAACUCAAGAGCAACAGACACGCAGCAGUACUGCUGUCCACCAGUUGUAGGUGCGCUUCAGCGCAGAAUGUAUCGUCGACGCCAUCUUGGGGGAGAUCCCGGAGCUGGUGACAACUGCAUGAAGCUCAUCAAAAUGGGAUUAUUAAACUUCAAAUAAUCGUUUUGCCUUUUUACUUUUUCCCGGACCUGCACCGGAGAUUGUGUGUUUUCUGCGGAGGUGGUUUAUUUGCCUGCGAAGACUCGACCGUUGGCUGAAGGCAAGCCUGCCUAUGAGCCUUGGUUAGAUGGCCGGCUAGCUAGCCCGAGCUAGCUAUCUAUGCCAGCUGGUCUGUGCGCCGCUCCGGACUGAUCCGUGGCCUGCAAGCAGAGGAAGGGUGGUGACGGCGCAAAAUGCAAUCCCGUUAAUUUGCCACAGCAACCCUCUUUUUCUCCAGGAGAUUGUUAUUGGGGCAACUUGCACGUCCGAUAAUGGACUUGUAGACUGCCAAGGACCUGUCAUCUUCAAAUUUCCUGUCCAUUUCGCGUACCUACACAGAUUAGCUGGCUAACCCGCUAGCUUCCUUGCUGUCUGGCGUUGCCUAAUAUUCACUUCAGGAGAGAUGUCAUCCAAUUGUACAAGCACAGGGCCGGUGAGCGCCAGCAAGACCAAGACGAAAAAGAAACAUUUUAUUGGGCAGAAAGUAAAGCUGUUCCGUGCAAGCGAGCCCAUCCUCAGCGUUCUGAUGUGGGGCGUCAACCACACGAUCAACGAGCUGAGUAACGUGCCUGUCCCCGUUAUGCUAAUGCCUGACGACUUUAAAGCCUACAGCAAGAUCAAAGUGGACAACCACCUAUUUAACAAGGAGAACCUGCCCAGCCGCUUCAAGUUCAAGGAAUACUGCCCCAUGGUGUUCCGUAACCUGAGGGAACGCUUCGGCAUAGACGACCAGGACUACCAGAACUCGUUGACGAGGAGCGCCCCGCUGAACAGCGACUCGCAGGGCCGUUUCGGGAACCGCUUCCUGGCCACCUACGACCGGCGCUUCGUCAUCAAAACCGUCUCCAGCGAGGACAUCGCCGAGAUGCACAACAUCCUCAAAAAGUACCACCAGUUCAUUGUGGAGUGCCAUGGCAACACGUUGCUGCCCCAGUUCCUGGGCAUGUACCGGCUGACUGUGGACGGCGUGGAGACCUACAUGGUGGUUACGCGCAACGUCUUCAGCCACCGCCUCAGCGUGCACCGCAAAUACGACCUCAAGGGGUCCACAGUGUCGAGGGAAGCCAGUGACAAGGAAAAAGCGAAAGAUCUUCCAACUUUCAAAGAUAAUGACUUUCUUAAUGAAGGCCAGAAACUCCAAAUCGGAGACGACAACAAAAAGUUAUUUCAAGACAAGCUAAAACGGGAUGUAGAGUUCCUGGCCACGUUGAAGAUCAUGGACUACAGCCUGCUGGUGGGCAUCCAUGACGUGGAGCGUGCGGAGCAGGAGGAGAUGGAGGUGGAGGCGGGCGCGGACGAGGAGGACUACGAGGACGGCAUGGGUGGUGGAGGCAUGGGCCCCAUGACGGGUUCCUUCGGCACGCCGCCCGACAGCCCCGGCAACCCCCUCAACUUCAGCUUCUUCGGGCCCGGCGAGUUCGACCCCUCAGUGGACGUCUACGCCUUGAAGAGCCAGGAUGGCGCGGUGAAGAAAGAAGUGUACUUCAUGGCCAUCAUCGACAUCCUCACGCACUACGACGCAAAGAAGAAAGCUGCACACGCUGCCAAAACUGUGAAGCACGGGGCGGGCGCUGAAAUCUCUACAGUGAACCCGGAGCAGUACUCCAAAAGGUUCUACGAGUUUAUGUCCAACAUCCUCUCCUAGACCGCCCGCCCACCUUACCCUACCUGCUGCCCCUCCACACCGCACCCAACCCAACCAGCCACCUACCUACCUACCUACCUGUGGAUAAACCCCCCGACAGUACUUUCGUAGACCUAACCUCCCUCGUUUUUAAUCUUCCCCCUUUCUCAAUCACUUUCUCCCUCUCUGUUACGUUCUUGAUUUCCGUCUGUGUUUGUUACGUAUCUUGGCGUCUUUCCUUCUAUUUACGUCUCCCCGAAACCUUUUUUUUUUUUACUUUUGACAUCCCCCGCCAGAGGCAUAGAGCACACAGACACACAGGAGCCAAGCUGUUACCACCACAACAAGCCCCCUGUUGCCCCUUUGUGUGGGGGAAGGGGGGGUUAAAAACACCCCCCCAUAAAAGAAAGUCAAGGAGAGCGGUAUAAGUUUGAAUGCUGGACUGUUUGAAAUAGCGACGCUUCAACUCUUGCCCCCUCCCACACCCUUACCUGCGAAGAAGCCCAAACUCUGUUGUACUUAACACCCCCUGCCCUAAAGCGACACUGCAGACCCUGCUUGUCUGGCAAAAGAAGAAGAAACAUAGGACAUAAGAGAUCUGUACAGAAUGACAUUUGAAGAAACGGAAAAAAGGAUGAUAAAAGUGACUCCAUCCCUUCUUGCCCUGCCCUUGUUGUCUACACGACGUCCUUCCUGUCUUAUCUUCUACAACUUUGUUUUUGUUUUGUCUUGUUUGUUUGUUCAUUUCUUUUACUUUUGGCGCCAGCAUCUUGUCACUAAUGCCUUGAGAAGUGUGUUUUGGCUUCAGCUGUCUUUUUGCCCACAAUUUCUUUUUUCCCUGUCUGUCUUGUUUUUGUUGUUGUCUCUGUCCAUGCGCUCAUCUAUAUUUAUUUUUAGUUUCCUUUCUGAUGUCAGUUUUUCUGUCUUUACUUUUUUUUUUUAACAAACAAAACAAAAAACAACACCCCGACACCCCACUCUUUAAAAAACAGCACUCUGAUGACGGGGAAGAAAAGAAAAGGAAAAAACAGAUAACACCAAAACGACACUCUUCUUCCGAAGUCUUUUUUUGUCUUGUCAUCGUCAAAGUCCUUGUCUGCGUUGUGACGACGAGUCUGCCUGCCGCUUUGAAGCUUUUUCGCAGGUGGAAAGAAGUUGCAAGGCACAGCCAGCAGUGCGAACACACACACACACACACACCCUCUAUAUACUUCGAGCCGUCGUUCAAAAAAACGAGGAAAAACAAGAACUGAAUGGUCAAAAACCGAGGAAAAAACGAGAACUGAAUGGUGAACUGGAAACUUGUGCAAGGGAAAUAAAACUCACACAUAAACACACAAUGCAGUGCAGUGGCAAAUAUUGCAUGUCUGUCAAACAGAGCUGACAUCACGAGUCUAACGUCAGCCGCAGAAGCACCAACACCAAAACCACUAAUCUGAGUUAAAUCAACGUUUAAAAAAAGUGUUUGAAUGUUAUGUUGCCAUAUUUGUUUUGAAGUUUAAUUGUGUAUGUCAACUUGAUGGUGGUCCGUCAGUGAGUCGGUCAAAAAAAAUGGAUUACGUAAUUGCAUCAGGAAACAAAAAAGGAGGAAUUUGAGAGAGGAAGAAAACAGAUAUACCAGUUUUAUUACCAUGAGAAUCAUUUUUAUAUCUUGUUUACAUUAAUGUAGCAUUUUUGUGUUUGUAUACAGUAUUGUUUUGUUACCAACAUUACGUUAGAAAAGGAAGUUACUUGAAAACUGAUCCAGUGCAUAUUAAAGGGAGUUUUAUUCUGUUUUUUUUUUCUUUUUUUAUUUUCACAUCUGUUUUAUAAAAGAGUUGGUUUUACUGCAAUUGUUGGUGACGAGACAAAAUGAUGUUGUGAAAUGUUGCCUGAAGAGGAACAAAAACUCAAAAAAUAUUGUCAGUACAAAGGCGCGAGGUCUGGGUGUGUCAGAAACUGAAAAAUUUUGUUGUCUUAAAAAAAAACUCAUAACUAAUGAUUAAUAUGCCAGCACUAGAAUUGACUCACCAUCAACUCCCCAAACACACACAAGAGAUCUCAGUAAACGGUGAAUUCUGAGUCAA